CGUGACGACUGACGUUUCCACAAUCGUGGGCGUAUUCAGUUGGACUCUUCUUCCCCUUUCUUUUUUCAUGGUGCUUUCCUUCUUCACCUAAAAAUCUCCACUCUCUCUCUCUCUUUAACCUGCAAGUCGGGCCACUAGUACUUCGUACACAAGGCAACCACAGCACCACCAAAUUCCCCUCAGUUUUCUCUCUCUCCUCCGUUUCCACCUAUUUUCUUCCGCAUUUCGUCGCUUUUUCCGAGAGAAGAUCAAGAAGCAUCUCCCUUGCAUGAUGGGGUGGGGAAACAUUUAUAAGAGGCGCAUCAAAGUCUUUACAUUGGCCUUCAUGAUCUACCUGGAUUAUAAGGCUUUGCAGAAGAGAAGUAAAUGGAUUAAAAACAAGUCUAAAAAGGAUGCUAUAUGGAAAAAAGCUCAUGAGCGCAAUGCUACUCGCAUCCUCAACUUCAUGAUACAAAUGGAGGGCUUGUGGGUAAAACUUGGGCAAUAUUUGUCUACACGUGCUGAUGUUCUUCCUGAGGCCUAUAUACGGCUUCUCCAGAAGCUACAGGAUUCCCUUCCUCCUCGACCCUUAGACGAGGUCUGUCAUACUAUUGAGAAAGAGAUGGGAAAAUCUGUGGAGGAAUUGUUUUUGAAAUUCAUAGAAGCACCUCUGGCUACAGCAUCAAUAGCACAGGUUCAUCGUGCAACACUGAGAAAUGGGAAGGAAGUGGUGGUCAAAGUUCAGCAUGACGGUAUUAAGCAUGUUAUAUUGGAGGACUUGAAGAAUGCGAAGUCAAUUGUUGAAUGGAUAGCAUGGGCUGAACCUGUUUACAAUUUCAACCCCAUGAUAGAUGAAUGGUGUAAAGAAGCACCAAAAGAACUUGAUUUUAACAUUGAAGCUGAGAAUACCAGAAAGGUGGCCAUCAAUCUUGGUUGCGAUAAGAUAAACAAUGAUACUAGGGGAACCAAUGGCAUUGAUGUUUUGAUUCCAGAAGUUAUACAGUCAACAGAGAAAGUGAUAGUUUUGGAGUAUAUGGAUGGGGUUCGCUUAAAUGAUUUUGAAGCUCUGCAAGAAUUGGGUGUUGAUAGAAAAAAACUUGUGGAAGAAAUCACACGUGCUUAUGCCCACCAAAUCUAUGUCGAUGGAUUCUUUAAUGGUGAUCCUCAUCCUGGAAACUUUCUUGUGAGCAAAGAGUUUCCGCAUCGUCCAAUUUUGCUAGAUUUUGGCCUCACGAAGUCACUUCCAGCAACCACAAAACAAGCGCUGGCAAAGAUGCUCUUAGCAGCUUCAGAGGGGGAUCAUGUGGCACUUUUGUCUGCAUUUGCAGAAAUGGGACUUAAGUUGCGCAUGGAUUUGCCUGAGCAGGCAAUGGAGGUGACAACGGUCUUCUUUCGUAACUCAACUCCUGCAAGCGAAGCUGCUGAAACGUUAAAAAAGUUCUCAGAAGAAAGAGAAAAGAAAUUGAAGGCCUUACAAGAAAAGAUGCAGCUUGGUGAAAAAGAAGCUAAACGAUUUAGUCCUGUUGAUGCCUUCCCUGGAGAUAUAGUGAUAUUUACACGUGUGCUGAAUCUUUUAAGAGGUCUUUCUGCCACAAUGGAUGUCCGCAUUGUCUACUUUGAUAUCAUGAGACCAUUUGCCGAGUCUGCUUUGGGAGGAAUCAUUAAUAUGGGACCAGCAACAAAUACGCAAUGGCUCUGUGACACUCCUGUGCAUUCAGAUGUGGAGGGAAAGCUGCGGAAGCUCUUGAUCGAUCUGGGAAAUUCUGGAAAGAUACUGGGAGUUCAGAUCUGUGCCUACAAAGAUGGGGAAGUCAUCAUUGACACUGCUGCUGGAGUGCUUGGGAAGUAUGAUCCCCGACCAGUUCAGCUUGAUUCGUUGUUUCCUGUCUUUUCAGUGACGAAGGGUAUCACAGCAGGAUUGCUACACUGGUUAGUCGAUAACAGAAAACUAAGCUAUGAUGAAAACAUUGCUUCUGUAUGGCCUGAAUUUGCAUCAAACAAUAAGGAUGCGAUAAAGGUUCAUCACGUUCUUAAUCAUACGUCUGGUCUCCAUAAUGCGUUGGCCAACAUCAUGAAAGAUAAUCCAUUGUCGGUAUCGGAUUGGAGUGAGUGCUUGCAACAAAUGGCUCAGUCUACUCCUGAGAGCGAGCCUGGUCAACUACAGUUGUAUCAUUAUCUCUCAUUCGGAUGGCUAUGUGGUGGAAUUGUUGAGCGUGCAUCUGGGAAGAAAUUCCAAGAGAUUCUUGAAGAAGCAUUCAUUCAUCCACUAAGUAUUGAGGGCGAGCUGUAUAUUGGCAUUCCCCCAGGAGUUGAAAAUCGACUAGCAGCACUUACACUAGAUACGGAUGAUCUCAAGAAACUCCCUGACUUGGAUGCACGUUCUGACUUGCCUUCCACUUUCCAACCAAGCCAGAUUGCUCAGGUUGCCACUGCACUCCCAGCCCUCUUCAAUUCUCUUUUUGUUCGCCGUGCUAUCAUACCUGCUGCCAAUGGACAUUGCUCUGCGCGUGCUCUUGCGCGUUAUUAUGCUUCAUUGGCCGACUCAGGAACUGUUCCAAAACUUCCCUCCUCCUCACCUCGCCUUGGCAGCCACGUCCAUAUACCAAAGUUUUCCUCUGAUAAACUUCACAAGAAAGAAAACAACACCAGUAAGAAGCGCCUAAAUCUGUUUUCUCUAUGCAGAACCAUGAUGUCUGAAAAUUUCAACCAUGAAAAAGGUAAAAAUGUUGUCAAGGGUCCUAGUUAUGAUAGGUUCCCAAGUGACGAGCCUAGUAGCAGCAACAACAGCAAUGGCAGUCACGUUGAACAAAACAUACUUGGUCACAAUGUGAAUGGUGAUGAUCAUGAAAAGAAGAAUGAGAAACUUUUUAGAAAUCCUAACAUUCAUGAUGCCUUCAUGGGUUUAGGAGAAUAUGAGAAUUUUGCUUUGCCUGAUGGAGAUUUUGGGUUAGGAUUUAAGCGGAUAAUUUCUGCGGACGGAUCCAUUAUUGGUUUUGGUCACUCGGGUAUGGGUGGGUCAACCGGUUACUGUGACGUAAAAAACAGGUUCUCAAUUGCCAUUACAUUAAACAAAAUGUCAUUUGGAGGUGUCACCGCAGACAUUAUUCAGCUGGUUUGUUCAGAGUUGAACCUUCCUUCACCCAAGUUGAAAGGUGCUGGCGUUAGGGAAGGAAAUUCAGAGCCAAAUUUUGAAAGGCCUUUGAUUAACUGAUAAUUAUUUUAUAUAUCUUCAAUAAUCAUUAUUAUAAUUUUUUUGUUAUGGUCUUUUGUAAUGCUAUUUCAUGUAUAUUUACAGAAGGUGAAGACUGUACCAUUAGCAGUUGUAUAAAAAUGACGAAUGCUGCAAGCAAAGUAUAUGAAUUAUUAAUAAUAUUCUUGUAUUUAUUUGA